GGAGAGCACCAACCAGCAGCCACUCCCGGCCUGCUGCCGAAGUUUCACUUUUUGUCUGUGGGUUCGUUCCCGGGGCCCGCUCGAGCUUUCCCGGGAUAAGUAGCCUUAGCGGCGGGGAGAGCCGGCCGCUGCAAGGUCCUGAAGAGAAUCCUGACAGCCAGAGUGUUGGAAGAGGCUUGAAAAGAGGCCGCACCCUCAGAGCUGCUUGCGACUCUUCUUGAGGGUGGUCUCUGGCAAGAAGGCCGGUGUGCAAAGGGACCCAGUGUCCUGGUUCACUCUGCUGCUGGCCGCAUGCUGCCUCUGGUGCCAGACUCCAUGUGGAGGCUCUGUAGGAACACAGGCUCAGAAGUAGAGAGAGCGAGCCAGGUGCUUCUGCUCUUGUUGCUGUUCACCGUCCCCUCACUGGAGGGAAGACAUUGUUACUCGGUUGAGCUGAGCACAUCGUCUGGCUGGGCCUGUGACCCUUGUCCAUUCCAAAAGCUAAAAGCUGCUGGAGAUUUCCACAAUGUCUCACCCAUCUUGGCUGCCACCCAAAAGCACUGGUGAGCCUCUUGGCCACGUUCCUGCACGGAUGGAGACCACCCAUUCUUUUGGGACCCCCAGUAUCUCAGUGUCAACACAACAGCCACCCAAGAAGUUUGCUCCAGUUGUUGCUCCAAAACCCAAGUAUAACCCAUACAAGCAGCCUGGAGGAGAGGGUGAUUUUCUCCCUCCGCCACCUCCACCUUCAGAGGAUCCUGGUACCAUUCCACCUGGCCCCGGACAUUUCCCUCCUCCUCCACCACUGGAUGAAGGUGCUUUCAAAGUGCAGCAGGGAAAUCCUGGAGGCAAGACCCUGGAGGAAAGGCGCUCCAGCCUGGAUGCAGAGAUCGACUCCCUGACCAGCAUCUUGGCUGAUUUGGAGUGCAGCUCACCCUACAAGCCACGGCCCCCACAGAGCUCUGCUAGUUCAAUAGCCUCUCCUCCAGUUUCUACUCCUGUCACAGGACAUAAGAGAAUGGUCAUUCCACACCAGCCACCCCUGACUGCAACCAAGAAGUCCACAACGAAACCACAGCCUGCACCCCAGGCUGCACCCAUCCCAGUGACUCCAAUUGGAACACUCAAACCCCAGCCUCAGCCAGUUCCAGCUUCCUACACUACAGCAUCCACAUCUUCAAGGCCCACCUUCAAUGUGCAAGUGAGGUCAGCUCAGCCCAGUCCACAUUACAUGACUGGUCCAUCCUCUGGACAAAUAUAUGGUCCAGGGCCUCGUGGUUAUAACACCCAGCCGGUUCCUGUACAGGGACAGUGUCCUCCUCCUCCAACUUGUGUUGGCACUGAGUAUGCAUAUAUUCCACCCUCAGGACAUCAGCCUGAGUCUGGAUAUGGGUAUACCUCCAACCAAGGACGCUAUUAUGAACCCUAUUAUGCAGCAGGUCCUACCUAUGGGGGCCGAAGUGAAGGUGAAACGGCUUAUGGGCAACAGGUUCAACCUAAUACCUGGAAGCGGGAACCUGGGUAUGCCAGUCCUGGAGCCGGGAAUCAGAACCAUCCUGGCAUGUAUCCAGUCAGUGGCCCCAAGAAGACCUAUAUCACAGACCCUGUUUCAGCCCCCUGUGCACCACCACUGCAGCCAAAGAGUGGAUACCCUGGGUCUAUGGGGCCUCCUUCAGUUCCCCCAUCAUUCCGCCCAGAAGAUGAGCUCGAACACCUGACCAAGAAGAUGCUGUAUGACAUGGAAAAUCCGCCCUCUGAUGAUUACUUUGGCCGCUGUGCCCGCUGUGGGGAAAAUGUAGUUGGAGAAGGAACAGGAUGUACCGCCAUGGAUCAGGUCUUCCACGUGGAUUGCUUCACCUGCAUCGUCUGUGACGUCAAGCUGCGAGGACAGCCUUUCUACGCCGUGGAGAAGAAGGCAUACUGCGAGCCCUGCUACAUUAAUACACUGGAGCAGUGCAGUGUGUGUUGUAAGCCCAUCAUGGAGCGGAUCCUCCGUGCCACCGGGAAGGCCUACCACCCUCACUGCUUCACCUGCGUGAUGUGCCACCGUAGCCUGGACGGCAUCCCAUUUACUGUAGACGCUUGCGGUCUCAUUCACUGCAUUGAGGACUUCCACAAGAAAUUUGCCCCACGCUGUUCUGUGUGCAAGGAACCUAUCAUGCCGGCCCCAGGCCAGGAAGAGACCGUCCGCAUUGUGGCUCUGGACCGUGAUUUCCAUGUGCAUUGCUACCGCUGUGAGGACUGUGGUGGUCUUCUAUCCGAAGGAGACAACCAAGGCUGCUACCCCUUGGAUGGGCACAUCCUCUGUAAGACCUGCAACUCAGCCCGCAUCAGGGUCUUGACAGCCAAGGCAAGCACUGACCUGUAGAGUCAGUAGCCAGCUCAGCUGCUGAGUUCAUGCCACCAAGAAGAAUGCAACACAAGAAAAAGAUAAGAGAAGAAAUAGAGAAAUAGAGGCAAAGCUCAACCACUGGGAUAGUCUCUGUUCUUCAUCUGCUGUUAACCUUUCCUGUAGAAGCACAUAGAUGAUACGAUUUGUCUACGUUCUUACCAAAUACACAUUUCACAUUUAAUCA